CUCCCCCCUCUCUCUCUCUGUCAGUGUCAUUCUGUAGUGGAGAUGUGGAGUGUCUUUCUGUCUCUCUGUCUGUUUUUCCAGCCUAAUUCAGCGGAGGAAGUGAUGCUGCUGGACACAACAGAGUCUACCUCAGAGCUGGGCUGGACCACAUAUCCAGACACAGGGUGGGAUGAGGUCAGUGUCCUGGACGACCGCGGGAAGCUCAUACGAACCUUUGAAGUCUGUAAUGUCAACCAAAAUCCCCGUCUGCAGGACAACUGGUUGGCUACUCCUUUCCUGUACCGACACUCAGCUCCACGGGUGUUUGUCACGUUGCGUUUCUCGGUGCGUGACUGCGCCAGCCUGCGAUCACCGUCACCCACCUGCCGAGAGACGCUCACCCUGUACUACAAACAGGCCGACUCCCAGAGGGAGCUGGAGAGGACCUGGGUAGCUGAGCCGUCCAACAAGGAGAAGGAAACCAGGGAGGGCUGGGUGAAGAUUGACACCAUUGCAGCUGAUAAGAGUUUCUCCAAGGUGGAGCCGAGUUCACCUCACCAGUACCAACCAAACAGAUACAGUCGAAUCAACAUCAAGACACGGAGCUUUGCCCCUCUCACACGCAAUGGAUUUGUCCUGGCUAUUGUCGACAGUGGAGCUUGUGUUUCCCUCAUGGGUGUGUCUAUCUUCUACCGGCGCUGUCCUGCCACCAGCCUCUACUUGGCGUCCUACCCGGCGACUCCCUCAGGGGCAGAGCCGACGGCCUUAGUGCCUGUGAGCGGGACAUGUGUCCCCCACAGUAAAGCACAAGGAGGCACGCCCCCUCGCAUGCACUGCAAUGCUGAAGGAGAGUGGAUGGUACCUGUGGGAGGAUGUGUCUGUGAUGAAGGCUAUGAACCGAACCUCAAUGGAUCUGCCUGCUUGGCUUGUCCUGUGGGCUACUUCAAGUCAGUUUCAGGCUCUGUUCCCUGCUUGGUGUGUCCCUCCAACAGCAGAACCAGCCAGGAGGGAUCGAGUGCGUGUGAAUGUCGCAGUGGCUUUUACCGGGCAGCCAAUGAUGCCAACUCCUCUGCCUGCACAACUCCUCCAUCUGCUCCGAUGUCUGUGUCCUGGGAGUAUGAGAGCGGCGAUGGCGGGGUGUCCCUAAGGUGGCGCCCCCCAGUGGACAUGGGAGGCCGCAGCGAAGUGUGGUACGGGGUGGUGUGUCGCAUCUGCCCCUCACCCACCUUCACCAACCCGGCGUCAUGCUCCUGGUGUGGGGAGGGCGUCACCUUUAGCCCCUCCCAGACCAACCUGAAACAAACCAAGGUCACCCUCAACAACCUGCUGACCAGAGUCACUUAUCUCAUACAGGUGCAAGCCAUGAAUGAGGUGUCAGCUUUGAGUCCUUUUUCAGCUCGAUACACAAGCAUCAAUUUCACGACAAGCCAGUCAGUUCCCAGUACAGUUCCCAUGAUGCACCAGCUGAGCCGAGCCCCAGAAUCCAUCACUCUUUCGUGGCCUCAGCCAGACCGGCCCAACGGAGACAUCCUGGAGUACCAACUCAGAUACUAUGACAAGGGUUCAGAUGUGGACAGUGCAGUGAGUGUGUACAGUGAGACCAACACUGUGACCGUCAACUCUCUGAUUCCCGGAUCCAUCUACGCCUUCCAGAUCAGAGCUCGAAAUGAACGAGGCUACGGCCCCUACAGCAACACCAUCUACUUCACCACACUGCCUCUGGAAGAACAUUCACAGCAGAUCCAGAACCGGCUUCCUCUGCUGGUCGGGUCAGUCAUGGGUGGGGCGGCUUUUCUCCUUGUUGUGGCAGCGAUUGUGGUUGUGGUGGUAUUUCGCAGGAAGAGGAGGGAGAGUCCGUACAGUGACAGACUCCAGAGGUACAUCAGUAACCGAGGUGGAGUAAAGUACUAUGUGGACCCAUCCACGUAUGAAGACCCCAGUGAGGCAGUCAAAGAGUUCGCCCGGGAGAUUGAUCCCACUCACCUCAAGAUUGAGGAGGUGAUAGGUGCCGCUCAGUUCGGUGAGGUUUCUCGAGGUCGUUACCGUCCGGUGGGUCGCAGGGAGGUGCUGGUAGCGGUAAAGACUCUUCGCUGGGGGGCGUCCGACAGGGAGAGGGGGAUGUUCCUCAGUGAAGCAGGGGUCCUUGGCCAGUUUGACCAUCCCAACGUGCUGAAGUUGGAGGGCGUGGUCACUCGCAGCCCCCCAGAGAGGAUCAUCACUGAGUUUAUGGAGAACGGGCCACUGGACGCAUUCCUCAGGGAGAACGAGGGCCAGUUCAGCGUCCUCCAGCUUGUUGGGAUGCUCAGGGGGAUUGGUGCAGGGAUGCGUUACCUCUCUGAGAGAAACUUUGUCCACCGGGACGUAGCAGCCAGAAACGUGCUGGUGAACUCCAACUUGGUCUGUAAGGUGUCCGACUUUGGCUUGUCCCGACUCAUGAGGGGCCUGGACCACAACAUGCCUACGUACACUGCCUCAUUGGGCAGUAAGAUUCCUGUGAGGUGGACGGCCCCAGAAGCUUUUCAGCAUCGCAAGUUCAGCUCAGCUAGUGAUGUCUGGAGCUUUGGCAUACUGAUGUGGGAAGUGAUGUCAUACGGAGAGCGUCCGUACUGGGACAUGAGCAAUCAGGAGGUGAUGAAGGCCGUAGCAGACCAGUAUCGUCUCCCUGCCCCCCACAACUGCCCCUCUGCCCUCCACUCUCUGAUGCUUCAGUGCUGGCAGGGUGAUCGAGGGGACCGGCCAGGCUUUGACUCCCUCCUGUCCUCCUUGGAUCGGCUCAUCAGGCACCCUGCCUCCCUCAAGGCGGAGCCGACUCGCUGUUCUCAGACGCUGCUCAGCCCCACCCCCACAGACUUAUCAUCAGUGGCGACGGUCAGUGAUUGGCUGAAGGCAUUGAGGAUGGAGAGAUAUCAGGAUGAGUUUGAUCGGGCCGACCUGGACACUUUAGACAGAGUCAGCAAGCUCAACAUGGAUGAUGUCCAGAAUAUCGGGGUGAACCUGCUGGGACACCAAAGGAAGAUCGUCAGCGCAGCCCAGCAGCUCAAGUCCCAUCUGACGCAGGGACAGGUGGAGGUGUGAAAUCCAACCACAGAACAACCAGUGCCAUGGAUUUCUACGGUCUUUCAUAUUCCUCUGCUUGUUUUGUCUGGUUUCUCCAACACUUUUAAGUUCAUGGAGCACAUUUUAAGCCAAAACAAAAAGAGAAUCAGCUUCGAGUGCUGCUGGGUAUUCUAACAAACCUGACACCACAACCAGAAGGGGUGAAAAAUAGGAUUGGACUUUUCCUGCCAGCCAUUCAAGGCAAAUAACAGAAGAGAGAUGCGCUAUGGGAGCUGGAGUCCAGGUCAAAGUGAAGCUAGGGUGUUGCUAAGGAAAAGGAGGACUUUAAAGAUUCCUCAAUGUUUUUCACUCAAUUUCACUUCACUGUUGUCUGCCUUCUUCUCUCCUCACCCAUCUGCCAUCCUACCUCUCACCUUCUCUUCCAGCACUGUCCCUCCCUCAAACUUUUCAAUUUCCCCAUCCUCACUGAGUACAAUAAAACUAUAAAAAUAUUUUUUGUUAAAAUACUCAUGGAGAUCUCUCCUCAGAAAGAAUUGCGUGAAGACAAUCAAAGCCUUUUUCUAAUAUUUUUUGAAUUUUUUGUAAAGUUUUAUCAUUUCUUCUCUACUUAAAAUGCCAUAUUUUGAAAACAGAAAACAGUGUACUACCUAGCAGCCUGUGGUUUGCCUUAUAAGGUUUUACCAUUAGCUUUGAAAAAUUUGUAGUUUGCUCAGUGUCCAAGCAAAAUGCUAUGAACCACCAGUCCAAAGUCAGUACCACAGACCCUGAAGUUAGCUAUGAAGCACUGCCAUGAAACAGGGAAAACAAAAAAAACUAAACAAAAAGAUGCUUUUAAAAAACUGUAAGCCAUAUUUUCCCUGUUUAAAGGAGAUAUCCAUGGUCAGAGAGCAGCCCUGUUUGCAUCACUCACUCUCACUGUAGGGCUUCUCAUAUGCUGUUAAACACUACAAACGUCACCUCAGCUGCAAACACAAAUGUGCAUCUGUGAUGAGGACAGAACCGAACAGCACUCACGUUUAUGUGUACACUUCAAAAUUCACCUCUUUUUGUUUGAUUGCUAGAGUAAAGACACUGAGUCAUUGAAGCAUUGUGAAUGUGUGCAAUGGGAAAGAUGGACAAAAUCUGAUCUGAUUUAAACUUGAAGGAAGGAGGCGAAAUGCUUUUUAAGUAUGUACCUGUGUGUCUGUAACUUGUGUGUGCUGUGUAUGAGGCUUUGU